GCUACUGAACUACAAUUCCCAGCGUGCCCUGGGCGCUGCUCCUCGCGCGAUUUAGAUCUGGCGUGCGAACCGGACUCUUGGGCACCGGCCGUGGCGGGGGGAGGAACGGGUCCUUGGGCCUGAGAGUGUGUCGGGACAGGCGCUGACCGGGAGCUGGGCGGGAAAGGAACCAUUGUCAGAGUUCGUUUCUCGGCGGCGAUCUCGCCCGAUCUCUCCCCGACCACGGGUGGGGAAGAACGGGGAGUUGAGUCCGUGCCGUCACUGGCCGCCUUUGACACCCUGGCUCCAACAUGGAGCUCCUGGGAUGCCAAACGUCCGGCGGGUUUGGACGGGCUCUUGCGUCACGCGGCCUGGGCCUUGCGCGGUGGGCCCGGGGUGACGCAGAGGCGCCGGGGAAGCUUUCCGUCUCGCAUGUCCACUUGGCCAGGCGAAGGCGUCGGAGGCGGGGGGACCACUUUCUCCCCCCUAGGCUGUGCUCCUUCCCCUAACUGGCACCUGCAGAAGCCCUGAACCUCUAGCACCUCUGCGACCACCCGAGGCGACCUGCUGCUCACGGGGGAAAGAAACGCGUUCUCCUUUGUGCUGCAUUCUAUAUGUUCUCUGCAGUGAGCCCCAGAGAGGCAGGGUGGUGAGGAGGUUAGGUUGCAGUUGGCUAAAAGUUGAGGUUAUUGUGCCUCGCUACGAAGUUGAAACUUUUCCUGGGUGGGAUGAGUAGGUGCUUAACUGAAUUUAUGGUUUUCUACUUAUUAUAUGGUUAAGAAAAAGGAUUCCAAUUGGAAUUGGAAGGCCCUUCUAGGAGAGACCCCAAUAAACUCAAAUUGAGUGUUAAAUAACCUGGGUAAUAUUUUAUUUAGAAAUUUAAACAGGAGUUAAAUAUUGGAGUAUUCUCCGACGUUAUCACUCUGAAACUAUUAGCCAUCAGGUAUUUUUGGACACAGUUGCCCCUCUGCCACGGCUGCCACUCAGAAUGAUAUGCCUUUGUUCACAAGAAAAGUAAAUAUGGGGUUAUGUUGUUAAAGGUUAUUGGAAACUGGCAUUUAAAAAAGCUCAAAAACUCGUGAUCAUGUAUUAAACAUUUAAUAAUUGACCAUAGGGAGGGAUUCUUAAAACUGCAAUUUUUUACAUUUUUUAGGUGCCUCUUUAUUUUGAAUGCUCUCCAUGUUGAUGAAAUUCAUUCUUUAUCAAGAUGUAAAAUAUGUAAUUAGUUUAUUGUGGCCUCUGGUUGCUCUAUGUGAAUUGAGGAUACUUUUUUUUUUUUUAAGGGAAAGAGGGAGUCUGGCUCUGUCGCCCAGGCUGGAGUGCGGUGUGGUGUGAUCAUAGCUCACUGCAACCUCUUAACUCCUGGGCUCAAGCAGCUCUCCCUCCUCAGCCUCCUGUAGCUAGGACUACAGGCAUGUGACACCAUUCCUGGCUAUUUUUUACAUUUUUUGUAGAGACAAGGUCUAUGUUGGCCAGGCUGGUCACGAGUCCCUCGUCCCCAGGGAUCUUCCUGCCUCAGCCUCCCACAAUGCUGGGACGGUGCCUGGUCUGAGGAUAUUUCUUACCACUGUGUUUCAGCUUUUCCUCAUCUGAAUCAAACAUUUGAAUUCUUUCUAGAAGAUAUUUAUUUUAUUCUAUUACCCUUUUGUUGAUGAAAUGGAAAAGUUUGAAAGCUAAAGUUUGAAAGUUAUAAUGAUGUUAGUAAUGGCCUAGAUCACGCACAAACCUUUAAUCCCGUCUAAAGUUUCUGGGCAAGCCUCCUUCCCUCUUUGUGCUUAUAGUACCUAUUCAGGCCUCUGGUGGCUGUACGGGGAUUGCCUUUUAAAUUUUGCCUCAGGGCUCAUUUGUGACCUUUCAUCAGCUUUAUUGCUGCUAGCUUUUCACUAUUUUAGUAGAAAUGAUCCAUUUCACCACUGAAUUUUAGCAUAUGUAAACAAGUGGAAAAUAAUUCUUUGAUUAAUUUAUAACACAAUACAUGCUUGAGUAUCUUUGGAAGUGUGUGCUGGAACUUGUUAACUGCGGUUACCUCAGAAGUGGAGCUGGGGAAAGGUAUGGGGGUGGCCAGCAUCGAAAUGUUCAGCCUUUUAGUGAUGAAGAUGCAUCAAUUGAAACAAUGAGCCAUUGCAGUGGUUAUAGCGAUCCUUCCAGUUUUGCUGAAGAUGGACCAGAAGUCCUUGAUGAGGAAGGAACUCAAGAAGACCUAGAGUACAAGUUGAAGGGAUUAAUUGACCUAACCCUGGAUAAGAGUGCGAAGACAAGGCAAGCAGCUCUUGAAGGUAUUAAAAAUGCACUGGCUUCAAAAAUGCUGUAUGAAUUUAUUCUGGAAAGAAGAAUGACUUUAACUGAUAGCAUUGAACGCUGCCUGAAAAAAGGUAAGAGUGAUGAGCAACGUGCAGCUGCGGCAUUAGCAUCUGUUCUUUGUAUUCAGCUGGGCCCUGGAAUUGAAAGUGAAGAGAUUUUGAAAACUCUUGGACCAAUCCUAAAGAAAAUCAUUUGUGAUGGGUCAGCUAGUAUCCAGGCUAGGCAAACUUGUGCAACUUGCUUUGGUGUUUGCUGUUUUAUUGCCACAGAUGACAUUACUGAACUAUACUCAACUCUGGAAUGUUUGGAAAAUAUCUUCACUAAAUCCUAUCUCAAAGAGAAAGACACUACUGUUAUUUGCAGCACCGCUAAUACAGUGCUUCAUAUCAGCUCUCUUCUUGCAUGGACACUACUGCUAACCAUAUGCCCAAUCAAUGAAGUGAAGAAAAAGCUUGAGAUGCAUUUCCAUAAGCUUCCAAGCCUCCUCUCUUGUGAUGAUGUAAACAUGAGAAUAGCUGCUGGUGAAUCUUUGGCACUUCUCUUUGAAUUGGCCAGAGGAAUAGAGAGUGACUUUUUUUAUGAAGACAUGGAGUCCUUGACGCAGAUGCUUAGGGCCUUGGCAACAGAUGGAAAUAAACACCGGGCCAAAGUGGACAAGAGAAAGCAGCGGUCAGUUUUCAGAGAUGUCCUGAGGGCAGUGGAGGAACGGGAUUUUCCAACAGAAACCAUUAAAUUUGGUCCUGAACGCAUGUAUAUUGAUUGCUGGGUAAAAAAACACACCUAUGACACCUUUAAGGAGGUUCUUGGAUCAGGGAUGCAGUACCACUUGCAGUCAAAUGAAUUCCUUCGAAAUGUAUUUGAACUUGGACCCCCAGUGAUGCUUGAUGCUGCAACUCUUAAAACGAUGAAGAUUUCUCGUUUUGAAAGGCAUUUAUAUAACUCUGCAGCCUUCAAAGCUCGAACCAAAGCUAGAAGCAAAUGUCGAGAUAAGAGAGCAGAUGUUGGAGAAUUCUUCUAGAUUUUCAGAACUUGAAGACUAUUUUCUAAUUUCUAUUUUUUUUUCUAUUUCAAUGUAUUUAAACUCUAGACACAGUUUUUAUCUUGGAUUAACUUAGAUAACUUUUGUAGCAGUGGUUAUAUUGCUUAUAAUUUAAUGUACAAUACUAUUGAAACUGGUGAGUUCUGAUUAUUAAAUAUUCUCUGUGAAUCAGUAAACAUGUAUAAAGUAUUUGUAAUGUUUGGUCAUAAUUUAUUUAUGAAGACAGCAAAAGACUGAUUUCAUGAUGGGGAAAACAAUUAGCCAAAGUUUAAUUUCUUACACUGUGGUUGUCAAGAAUACUGAUUUACUAUAAUGAUAUAUACAUGCAAGAUAUUUAACUUAAUAUCUUAGACAAGAGUUCUGGGUACAAUUUUGGGAUCUAGUUCCCCUGGAAAAGCUGCUGUAUUUUAAAUUUUUAAUGGAAUGUAGCUUUUAAAAUCCUGUCACUGGCAUCAACAAAAGGAAUUAUACCAUGAGACCUUAUAGCUGUACUUAAAAGCCAUUCAGUUCAGCUAUUGGGAGUUCAUGAUGAAUUAGCAUAUGCCAGAAAGGUUGCUAACCUUAACAUCUGAGAGCAGUAACACUGAUUUUAUCUGCUGUAUGAGACUUUGUGCAUUUUACUUUGAAAUAAAGAUUUUUUUCCACACUGAAA